AUGGCGAAUGGUCUUCCUGGGCUCACACUCCCUCUUAACCACCAACCCGAAACGAAGCACCCAAAGCACCACCCAGACACGGGCAAGCGGUAUUCAAGCCAGCCGUUAUUUCCGACUGCAUUGCAGGUGCAGGAUUUGGCCAAUGGAUUCAGCGUGCUCCCUUUGAAAACCCUCCGGGAACAGAUCAUGCUCCAAUUGAUGGACCAUAUCACUGAUAAGAAGGGCUGGGAGAAAAAGGUAUUCAAAGAAACAAUUACGAAUAAAUGGCGCGAAGAAAUCCAAACUUCGAACCAAGAUAUUUCCUCACCAAUGCUCGAAUACAUCAUCUCGGAGCUCCGCGACAAGGCUGAAUUUUACAAGCAAACCGGUGGAACAGUCGUCGUGUACGAGUUCGGCAUCGUCAAAUCCGAUUUUGCAGUCCUCGAAGCCACGCGUCUAGCUCUAAUGGAUGCGGUACACGCCCUAGAAGAAACAACGCCUGUGGACUACCACCCGGGAUCAGAUAAUAGAGUGGUUGAUCUCAUACAUCCAUCUAUGUUCCCGCUCGUUUAUGGGCGGAGUCGUAUUCUGCGUGAUCAGUUUAUAGGACUGGAAGAUUGUCUUAAGGUGCAUCCUAGCGAAGGGGAGAUUAUCCCUGUUCCGCCGGAAGAAGCGGCGAAACUGCCGCCCCUGAACCCGAAGAUUGUUAACUAUAGCCGGUUGAAGGCCAUUCCAAAUCCCUAUAGUCUGAAAUUCCAAUGGCUUCCGUGCGACGUGCAGAUGGAAUGGCCUUCAGGCUGCAAAGUUACAUCUUAUAUUAACAACCUUCAUCCAACAAAAGAUGCCAAGUUGUAUCCAAUCAUCGAAGAGAUAAUUCCCUGCGCGAUCCCUCUCUGGAACUACACUCUAGGUCCGCUAGACGGGCAAAAUUGCCGCCACAAUGAUGUUACAUGGAGCUCAUCACCAACAUGGCCGCCUAACAGGAUCACAUAUUCUAAUGUUAGAUAUCGUGUGGAGAUACCCGCCAAUGGACGGCGGUUCACUGCAGCAGAAGUCGUUCAGCCCGAACCACGAGAGUAUACACCUUGGGAACCACCAUCUAUCGACCUUGGGCUUGACUACUGGGGCAGCCUACAAGUAAUCGUCAAACUCGCUAAUAUCGACCUUACACCCGACAAACCAGUUUAUGAAGGUGGGUCCUGGCAUGUAGAAGGCCAAUUAAACGAACACAUCUGCGCCACAGCUCUAUACUAUUACUCUAGCACAAACAUAACCGAAAGCCGCCUCUCCUUCCGUCAAGAAUCCGACUUCGAUAUCCCUAACUACAUCCCGCACCAAAUCGACCCCUGGAUCGGCGCCAUCUACGGCUGCGAAGACCACGGACCACGCGUGCAGGAAAUCAUCGACGUCGAGUGUCGGCAGGGCCGACUCCUCACGUUUCCGAAUAUCUUCCAGCACCGCGUGCAGCCGUUUUCGUUGCGGGAUCCUACUAAGCCUGGGUGUAGGAAGAUUUUGGCGCUAUUUUUGGUUGACCCUGGGAUUACGGUGAUUUCAACAGGGAAUGUGCCACCGCAGAGGGCUGAUUGGUGGGUUAGGGAUCGAGGUGAGGGUGGGGAGGGCCUGAUGGGUAUGGCUGAGGCGAAGGAGUUGCGGGUUGAGCUUAUGGAGGAGCGGAAGGUGUUUGAGGGCCAUCAGGAUGCGGCUUUUCAGUCCCUGAGGUUUAAUCUUUGCGAGCAUUAG